AUGCUCCCUGUGACAGCUACCACAAGCAAGAUCGAAAACGAAGUCUACAGACACAGCUCUGCGACGGACGAGGAAUUCAACGGGAUCCUCGCAUUCUACCGGCAGGUUCUGACUGAAGACCGAGAGCUCUGUGAGGGUGUUCAGUGGAGUCUUCGGACGGGUAUCUUUAUGAACGGCGAGCUGCACCCUGAUAAGGAGAAAGGACCGAUUCGGUUCCAGGAUACUUUGAGCAAGAUGGUUAUGGAGCAUCAGCAGAAGGAGGCGAGUGCCGGGGCAGAGAUUUGGCCGGCUGUGCCGAAGAUUGUUGGAGGCGCGAUGACGGGGAAGUUGGGUGAGGAGGUGAGGUUUUGUUCUCAGUUGGACAGAGAGAGUUGCGGGAGGAGGGAGGAGUUGAGUUGGUGA